AUGGAGUAUAAAAUUUCAAUAAGUUCUUGGUCCAAGGAAAAGCUGGAAGACCAGUACUUACGAUUGUAUGAUGAUUAUCUUACACUUAAAAAACAUGCUUGUAAACAAGAAGAACGGAUUAAAAAAAUGGCAACUAAAAUUUUGCGGUUAGCUAGUGAUAAAAAUGAUACUGAACCAGGAGCUGUUUGGAAGGAAGAUUAUCAAGAACAAAUUGAAGUAUUAGAACGGAAAAAUGAGGCACUGACACGGAAAUUAACUCUUGUGCAGAAUCAAUUAAAUGUACAGAAGCAACGUGUUGGAAGCGCGCCCCUUUCUGCCAGAAAGGCGAGUUCAGUUAACGUUCAAACAACAAACCGAAACUCAGUUAUCGAUGAGAAAUCCAUAAAUAAUUCAAAUGCGAUACAAACCUUGAGGUUUCAAAAUUCUGCUCUUGAGAAGACUAUACAAAAAUUAUCUGAACAAUUGAAAGAACGUGAUGAAUUAAUUGGCCAACUGAAAGGAGAAUUGCAAAGCAAAGAACAAGCACAUACGCACGAUUUAUUUGCUUUAGGUGAACAGGUCACUUCUAAGCAAAGGGUAGCUUUACAGGAAAAUAUUGAUUUAAUUCGUACACAAAGAGAAUUACGGGAGAAACAAAUGUUGAUUACUUCUUUAGAAGCUCGUAUUAGAGAAGCAGAAUCAAACUAUGAAAUUACAAAGACAACAAAUCGUCAAUUAGUCUCUGAAGUUGAACGUUUAAGUCGUGAAUCAAGUCAAUUAGAACAAAAAUUGUUCCGUGUAGAAUCAGACAGUAAUGCUGCUUCAAAAUUACAACUGAAAAUAUUAGAACUUCAAUAUGCCUAUGAUGAUGCUAAGCGUGAAAAUGAAGCGCUUAAAGAGUCAAAUGAAAAACUUUUAACCAAUGCAUUUGCUAUAAAAUCAGAUCAGAAUUGGACAAUGAAAGAACAAAAGUUACGCGGGCAAAUUGAUCAUUUAGAAAUAAUGGUACAUAAUUUACAACAACAGUUAAAAGAACAAGAGGAAAUGAAACGAAAACAACAAAAUUCAUCUGAUUUUCCUGUUGAAGAACAAAUUCUAUCCAGUAAGCAGCAAUCCAAUCAACUGCAAAGUGUUCCAAUUCGACAAGACAAUAAGUCGAAUUCUUAUGAACAACCUCCAGUAACUCAUAUGUUUGCCCAGAUUACUGGAUUCGAUGUUGAAGAGUUAGAAGACGCAAUCAUGAUCUUGAGAGAGCGUAAAUCGAAAUCACAAUCAGUAAAUGAAAAUAUGAAUUUUGCUGAAAGUUAUCCCUUAGAACAAAAUAAAGAUUCCUUGAAACAGCUGAGCGAAGCUGAAGCACUACACGCUGAAACAAUUACUGAAUUGGAGAAAACUCGCAAAUUAUUGAGCGUUCAAUAUAAGAUAAAUAAGGAUUAUCAAAGUGAAAUAAAAGAAUUGACUGAACGCCUAACAGAUUUAAAAGCUGAGUCAGAACAACGUUUACAUGAGUAUGCUAAAUUAUUAGAUAUUCGUGCAGUUCGAAUACAACAGUUAGAGAAACAAAUUCGUGAUUUAGCUUAUGGGUCAAACAAACGCAAGGCUGUACCAGGUGAUCACUUGUCAAGCGAUAUAAUUUCAACGGAUGAUGCAUUGAAACCUGGAGAAAGUCUAAUUGAGUUACACAUUGGUCGAUUAUAUUUGUUCUCUUCUGUGCUACAAAAAUUGCAAAUUGAUCACAGCUUAGCUGAACAGUCAAUACGAUUAUUUUUAACUUGGGAUUUUUAUGAUUUUGAAACUCAAGCAACUCCAAUUAUUAUUGGUGAUUCAGUUGAUUUGAAUAUAACUAUACAAUAUCCUGUAGAAGUGAAUGAUACGCUGAUGAAUUAUCUUCUGAAGGAACCGUGUACUUUAGAAAUGCAUCAAGUAACAAAUUCUACUUAUCGUACUAUUGCCGUCGGAAAAUUAGACUUUUCUCAGUUGUUUACUUCAAAAGAUGAAGGCUUAGAAACCUAUGGACAAGGUGCUGUCAUCCGUCGACAAGGUCAACUGGACCUCUUCCUUAUUCCUACCGUUGACAUUCAUUAUGAUACACAAGACGAUGGAAAAGACAGAAUUCAGAUGAAGCUGGGCACUUUAGACUACUGGAUCCGGUUGUGUGCUCCAAUGCAAGAUUCUCUCAAGCUUUAUAAGGAGAGAUUUCGACAGCUGCCUGGAUCCAGUACACUCAGCAAGUCUACUGUUCAUGAUACACUGUCAGGAACUACUUCCUUAAAUAACACUCUGACUAUUGAAAUUAUAAAAAUUACAAAUCUGGUUUAUAAACAACAAAAUGGUCUUCUACAACCAUCAUUAUAUUUUGUCUAUCAGUUCUAUGAUGAGCCAGAAUACGACUCACCAAUUAUCAAGCAGAAUAUUUCACCUGUAUUUAACGAUUGUCAUAGAAUAGAAAUAAAAAUGAAUGAUCAACUUGACAGUUAUCUAAGAAGUGAAAGCCUUAAAAUUUACAUUUUGGAUAGUUCAGCACCGGAUCCUGAAAAAAGUUGCCUCGGUGUAGCUGUUGUCCCACUAAUUGGUCUAAUCCAUAACAAACAACAAAUUGAUGGUGUCUUUGAAAUAUUCCCACCAAGUAUUCUACUGCAAUGGCAACAAUCAAAUCGACCUGAGCAAGUCACUAAUCAAAUGAGAAGUAGUUCUACAGGCUGUGGUUUAUUACAUUUAAAAAUAUAUUGGAGUCAACCUUAUAUUACUGAAUGUACACAAACUGGAGUAUAUAAUCAGCCAAGUGUCAAAAUGUCAAAAGAUUUGGAAAUAGAGCCAGUGAAACAAGCUGCAGAGAAACCAUACAAAAGUUUCGAACAGUCAAAUAAAGAAAUCAAUUCAACAUCUAUAACAUCGUCUUUCACUAGCCCUACUGAUCUGUCUUCUAAUCACUAUUCAUUCAACACUCCAUCACAAUCUACACCUUUAAAGAAUCAACCUCCAGCCAAUUUAGAACCAGUUAAAGAAGAAUUAAUUGAAAAAGUUUCAAGGGUUAGAGUCAACCAGGUUUCAAAUCCACCUGCUGAUUAUUCUCUGAGCAAAAAGAAGACAGAAACUGUAUCUUCUGUUCAAGUUGCAUCACAAAAUACAAGCGAUAAGCCCAGUGUUCCUACUCCACAUCCAAGGACAAGAACAACAGAGUUUCAUGACACGAAAGCUGAUACUCUUAAUUCGACUUUGACUAGUGGAGUUAAAGAAAAUGAGCUACAAAUGAUUGCUUUAAAACAACAGAGUAAUAAUAAUAAUCUUCAAAAUUCUGAGCAAAAUCCCAUUAUUCAAUCGUCAACAGAUGAUAAUCAAGUGAAAAUUGAACUACACGGUUUACAUUUAACUGAUCUAUCUAAAAUACCAAACAAUCAGAUACCAAGUCAGAUAUUUGUUGAAUACUCAUUUCUUGGUUAUAAAGAACCAUUUGAAACUGGUUCUUAUCCACUUACAGAGUGGAUGGACAAUGGAAGAAAGAUAUUGAAAUCGAAUUUUUAUUAUUCUAAAACAUUUCCAGUAGACUUUACAAAUAAUUAUGAACAAAGACAAUAUUUAGCUAGUCUACUACUUCCUCAAGAUCCAAAUAAUGGAAAAUUAGUUUUUGUAAUUGUCGCUGAACCAUCCACUAUGCAGUCGGCAUCAAGUGAAUGUGAAGAAGUCGGUUAUGCUGUGAUAAAUAUACGACAAAUGGUGAAAGAUAAUUCUCUUAUUGAUCAUGCAUUUAUUCCAAUUACCUCCGCUAAAGAUGUAAACGACAAAGCAGAAAAUACGCAUGA